CCUGGUAUGGGUCCCUCAGGCUACCCUGGUAUGGGUCCCUCAGGCUACCCUGGUAACCAACCAAUAUAUCCACCUGGUAUGAACCCAGUUAGACCUCCUGGUGUUCUGGGACAACCCUAUUACCCCACUGGUCCAGCUCUCCCUCCUUAUGCAGGAGCCCCAAUCCCCCAUGCCCCACUCCCACACGGUGGUGUCUAUCCUAGCCCUAACCAUAGUCCUUAUCCCGGAGCCCACCCUGGUCCUUAUCCUAGCCCUAACCAUAGCUCUUAUCCUGGAGCCCACCCUGGUCCUUAUCCUGGAGCUCACCCUGGUGCUCAUCCUGGAGCCCAUAAAGGCCAUAAAGGCCAUCACAAAAGCCCUCAUCACUUCCCUCAACACUAUGGGGGUCACAAAUUGGCUGGGUUAUCAGGAAGUUUAGCAGGGGUAGAAAUGGCUUUGGGGGGACACAAGAUGCACAAGAAAAUGAAAAAGAUGAAGAAAGGAAAAGGCCACAAACACAUGAAGCACGGCAAGCAUUCUUCAAGCAGCAGUAGCAGCAGUGACUCUGACUAAAGUCCAAAAAAAAAUUACUACCAAAAACCCUGUUACACACAGCAAAUGAUCGAUAGUUUUACUUACAUUUGUCUUAUACAGCUUCUUUUAAUGGGCUUCACUCUAAACUAUAUUAAUUAUAAUAAUAAUAAUAAACAAUUAUGUCAUAUAAGGUAUUUUUUUGUAAAACAAUGUAUGUAUUAUUUAUCACACUAAAGAAGAUGGUAUUAUUUUCUGAAUGUGUAUAAUGUAAAACUCCUUUACCUUUAGCUUCUGAUCUUUUUUAAAUCUGUCACAGAACUAGAGAACGACCUUUAACCACAUGGUAUAGAUACGUGUUUGUGUAAAGGUGUAGCACAGCUACUGAACAUUGCAAUUGAAGAUUGUUUAUGUAUAUUGUUACACAUACUAUAUUGCCACACAAUAAGAAAGCUUUGUUACAAUAAGAAAGCUUUAUGGUAAAUGAUACCAAACUGGUCAUUUAGAUUCUGGUGCUUAUGGUCUGUGGACAUCAUGACGCUGUGAAGAUAAGAGUGCCUUAUCAUUAAGGUUAUACCACUUACAUUGUGCAAUAGUGAAUAAAAUGCCUGAUAUACUUUAAAACCUAUAGAAGCACUUCUGUGGGCUAUUUAUGUGGAAAUCACAACACCGUGAAGGUUGGAAAGUGCCUUAUCAUAAAGGUAGAACCUGUUACAUUAUGCAGUGGUGAAUAAAAUCUUUCAUUCUGACUCUAA